UUAGCUCAGCAGUCAAAGCACCACCAAGCACUGCGCGCUAAUGCCGGGGCAAGCACCGCUGCACGCACCCACUCCACUGGCCUCGCCUCCACCUGCCUCUGCCUCGGCCGCGGCGGAACGCGCUAUAAAAAGGCACGCCGUGCCAGGCAGCUCUUCUGUGCCAGUGCAAUUGACCUAAUCACUCGAUCGUCGCUGCCAAGCUAGCUACCAGUGAUGGCUCGGGGAAGAGGCAGUGCGAGCAGCGGCGGCGUCCUCGGCGCAGCGCUCCUGAUCGGCUUUCUCGUCACGAGCGCCCCGCUCGCCGAGGCGGCGGCGGCGUACAUGGUCGGCGACUACGGCGGGUGGAAGUUCAACGUCGCCGGGUGGGCCAAGGGGAGGACCUUCCACGCCGGCGACCUGCUCGUGUUCAACUACAACCGGGCGGUGCACGACGUGGCGAUCGUGAACGCGGCGGCGUACCGGAGCUGCGCGGUGCCCAGGGGCGCCAAGGUGCUGCGGAGCGGCCGCGACAAGGUGAAGCUCGGCAAGGGCACGCACUACUUCGUCUGCACCGUGAGGGGACACUGCCAGGCCGGCAUGAAGAUCGCCGUCAGGGCCGUCUAGAGGCUGGGCCGCCUGGCUGUAGCCUCGUAAAGCUCCAGAUCGAUCCACGCUUCAAGCUUGUUGCAGCCUGCUGAAUCUAAUAAUGCUAGUUAAUUAGUUUGCCUGGUUAGUUUACUGGUAUGCAUGCUUUCUGUUCGUGUGUGUUGAGUUAUAAGUGAAGUGCUCUUUUUUUUU